AUGGCAGCGGCACACGGUGGCAAAGACUGCGGCCCUCAGGACUUGCUGUACGAGAAAAAGUACUGCAGCCUGCCUACAUGUCCUGUUGAUUGCGAGUGGGUUGACUGGCUGGACUGGAGCGUCUGCACCGUCAGCUGUGGUGAAGGCCAAUCCUCGCGCACACGCAUGGUCAAAACGGAAAAGCUUUAUGGUGGCAAGGACUGCACUGGAGAGACCGAGGAGAAGCGUGACUGUGAAAAUGCGGAGUGUCCAGUCGAUUGCCUGUAUGACGAAUGGACAGCCUGGAAGCAGUGCAGCGCCACCUGUGGCACAG